AUGGAUGGGCUAGCCCUAGAAAUGGGGGAUGAGAUUGAAGGGUUGUCCUCCUCCCUAGCUGCUAAUUAUAACUACGGAGAUGCCCUUGGCAAAGCCAUAUUAUUCUUUGAAGGCCAAUGUUCGGGGAAGUUGCCCGCCAGCCAGCGAGUGACCUGGAGAGGAGACUCUGCAUGCUCUGACGGCACUCCUGAGAACGUGAACUUGGUGGGAGGAUACUAUGACGCAGGCGACAACGUCAAAUUUGGAUGGCCAAUGGCCUUUAGUGUCAGCUUGUUGAGUUGGGCUGCUGUGGAGUACCGGCAGCAGAUAUCUUCUACGAACCAGCUUGCCUAUCUGCGAAAAGCAAUCCGCUGGGGCACAGACUUCAUACUGAAAGCUCACACUUCACCCACCACAUUCUAUACCCAGGUAGGAGAUGGAAAUGCGGAUCACCAGUGCUGGGAGCGCCCAGAAGACAUGGAUACACCACGAACACUUUACAAGAUCACUUCUUCUUCUCCAGGCUCUGAGCCAGCAGCUGAGGCUGCUGCUGCCCUUGCUUCUGCUUCCAUUGUAUUCAAAGUGGCAAAUUCCAAAUAUUCUGCAACCCUCUUGUGCCAUUCCAAAUCACUGUUUGACUUGGCAGACCAACACAGAGCUUCUUAUCAAGGCUAUUGCCCCUUUUACUGCUCUUACUCCGGCUAUCAGGAUGAGUUGUUAUGGGCGGCGGCUUGGCUAUACAAGGCAAGUGGAGACAUCAAGUACUUGAAUUAUGUGUUGACAAACCAAGGGUGGAGCCAAGCAGUGAAUGAGUUCAGUUGGGACAACAAAUUUCCUGGAGCUCAGACAUUACUGGCCAAGGAAUUUCAUCGUGGAAAGACGAAUUUGGCUAAGUUCAAGACCGAUGCCGAGUCAUUUGUAUGUGGACUUCUGUUUACUAGAGAUAGUAGUAAUUUGCAGUAUGUUACAAGCUCUACCCUGGUGCUCUUCAUCUACUCCAAAACCUUAACUGCAGCUCACAUUGGUGGAGUCCAAUGUGGCUCUGCCUUUUUCUCUGCGUCCCAAAUCAGAGCCUUCGCAAAAACUCAGGUGGACUACAUUCUAGGAAAAAAUCCCAAGAACAUGUCAUACAUGGUGGGGUUUGGUGCCAAAUACCCUACACAAUUGCACCAUAGAGGUUCAUCCAUCCCUUCAAUGAAAGUCCACCCAACCAAGGUGGAUUGCAAUGGUGGCUACUCAAGCUAUUACUCAUCUCCCAAUCCAAACCCUAACACUCAUGUGGGUGCAGUUGUUGGGGGUCCAGAUGUAAAUGACCAGUUCAGUGAUGCAAGAUCAGACUAUUCUCACUCUGAACCUACAACUUAUAUGAAUGCUGCUUUUGUGGGUGCGGUGGCUGCUUUAGUUGGUCAAGGCAAUGCCACAGCUUGUGAAUUGCAACUUCUUCCCAAUUAUUAA